AUGGACAAAGAAGAAAUAUGUCAAUACUUCAACAGCAUUAUAAAAAAUGAUAAAGAUGUUUCUGCUGGCAUGGCUGCCAUUCGUACCUUAUUGAAAGUAUUAAAACAUUCUAAAUCAGAAACAAUUCAGGAGCUUCGGAUUUGCUUACAACAUGCAAUUGAUGCUAUGCGUUCCACAGAAACUCCGGUCACUGCAAUUGCUUCGGGAAGUGAAUUGUUUCUCCGUUUUAUCACAUUAGCGACAUUGGAUACACCCUCAAUCGCAGAAUGUAAAGGGAUCAUGUUGGAAAGAGGAAAAGUAUUCUAUGAAAAAUUAGUUGCAGCUCGAGGAAAAGUAGCCAAGGUUGCAGCACACUUUAUUACUGAUGGCUCGACCAUACUCACGCAUUCAAAAUCAAGAGUAGUGCUGCAAGCAAUGAAGGAAGCUGCUGCAAAUAAUAAAAUAUUUGAAGUAUAUGUCACAUCCACAUCACCUGACAAUAAUGGAGAAGAGAUGUGCCAGAGUUUAACAAAGUUGGGAAUAUCGUGUACAGUGAUACUAGACUCUGCAGUGGGAUAUGUGAUGGAACACGUAGAUAUGGUGAUGGUUGGAGCGGAAGGUGUUGCAGAAAGCGGUGGUGUAAUUAAUAAGAUAGGUACAUAUACAAUGGCUAUAUGUGCAAAAGAGGUGAAGAAACCAUUUUAUGUACUGACAGAAAGUUUCAAAUUUUCGAGAAUCUAUCCUUUGAAUCAAAUAGAUUUACCUAAUGAAUUUAAGUAUACGUACAGUGUACUGUUAACCAAGAAUUUGAAAAAGGAGCAUCCCUUAGUAGAUUAUACUCCACCUCACUAUAUCAGUCUGUUGUUCACGGACUUGGGAAUUCUAACACCAUCAGCUGUUAGUGAUGAACUCAUAAAAUUAUACUUGUAAUUUGGAGAAUUUUCUGAGUGGUGAGUUUUCUAAAUUCUACGAAUCACAAUAUAAUGUAAGUAAGGACAAUAGUGUUUAAGUCAGUAUGCGAAAAUUUUGUCUGUCAAAAGUGUAAAGGUGGAAACGUCUGUUGUACGUUUUUGUAAAAAAAAUAUGUGUGUGUGUGUGUGUGUG